AAGAGGAAUUGAUCCAUUCAAUAACAGCACAAAACACAACACAACACAACUUGUGGAUUUAUUUGAAGCGCGCACUUCAGAGGAUCAUAAUCUUAUUCACGCUUUUUCAACCAUGAUGCAAAUCACCUCCACCGUACCUGCUCACAACCUCCACAAGUUUCAAGCAUUAAGAUGCCCCAGUUUCAGAUGCCAUGCUUCUUCUCCUUUAAACCCUUCCGUUAAUAAAUCCUUUACUUCUCUUCAAACUCACAAACCCUUUGACUCUACUCGUUUACAUCUCUCCAAUCUUGACAAAUUCCUCGAUUCCCAAAACCCACUCGAAUCAACUACCCAACACCACCACCACCAACAACAACAACAACCCAUUCAAAAAAACGAUUCAAAGGAUAAAAAAGGAAAAAGCUUUCUCGAAUGUCUUAACCUUGCUAAGUUAUGGCCGGAAAUCAAAGCAGCUGAUGAAAUCUCCCCGCGCCACCUCAAACGCCUUCAGCGUCUCCUUUCCAAGACGGCGGAGUAUUCACCAAGAAAUAUUCUCGGCAGCCGGUGGAAGGAAUAUCACGGCAGCAACGACUGGAAAGGGAUGUUAGAUCCUCUCGACGAUAAUCUCCGCCGAGAAGUUGUUAGAUACGGCGAUUUAGUUCAAGCCGCGUAUCAAGCCUUUCACGCCGAUCCUGCCAUGUCAUCAACCGAACCACCCCAGCAUCACCACGUGGCGUUACCUGAAAGAUCAUACAAAGUUACCAAGAGUCUGUAUGCCACAUCAUCCAUUGGAUUACCCAAAUGGAUUGAUGACGUGGCUCCAGAUCUUGGAUGGAUGACCCAACAUUCUAGUUGGGUCGGAUACGUCGCAGUAUGCGACGAUAGAAGAGAGAUUGCUCGAAUGGGAAGAAGAGAUAUCGUGAUAUCUCUUCGUGGAACUUCCACUUGUCUCGAAUGGGCCGAAAAUAUGAGAGCCCAAUUAAUCGACUUACCCGUGGAUAAUAAUAAUAAUAACAACAAUGAAAAUUCAGAAGCUCGGGCCCAGACCCAAGGAAAGCCCAAAGUUGAGUGCGGGUUUAUGAGCUUGUACAAAACAAGAGGGGCCCACGUGCCGAGUCUAUCCGAGUCGGUAGUGGAAGAAGUGAAGCGUCUAAUGGAACUCUACAAAGGUGAAGAGUUGAGUAUAACAAUAACGGGCCAUAGCCUUGGUGCUACACUAGCACUAUUGGUGGCUGAGGAGAUAAGCACGUGUGGGCCCAACGUACCACCCGUUGCUGUUUUUUCAUUUGGUGGGCCUCGUGUGGGUAACAAAGCCUUUGGGGAACACCUCACACAAAAGAAGGUGAAAGUGCUUAGAAUAGUGAACACACAAGAUGUGAUUACAAGGGUGCCAGGAAUAUUUUUAAGCGAAGAGCUUGAAGAAAAAAUAAAAAAUUCAAAGGUAGUUAGUGGAGUGGUUGAUAUGUUGGAAGAGAACACACCGUUGGGAUAUUCACACGUUGGAACGGAAUUACGUGUUAAUACUAAGAUGUCACCGUACCUUAAGCCCGAUGCUGAUAUAGCUUGUUGUCAUGAUUUGGAGGCUUAUUUACAUUUGGUGGAUGGGUUUAUUGCAUCUAAUUGUCCUUUUAGAGCUAAUGCAAAGAGAAGUUUGGCUAGAUUAAUGCAAGAUCAAAGUUCUAAUGUAAAAAAAUUGUAUACUAGUAAGGCAAAGGCCUUGACUGUUAAUCUUAGUAGACAGAGAUCUAUGUCUAUGUCUACUUGUUUGCCUAGUCCAUCAUCUUCAUGAAACUAAUAAAAAAAAUUGCAUAUAUACCAUUCU